AUGGCAGUGAACACAAGACAAAGCCGCAUUCCCGAGACGAGGCUGUUUUCCUCUUGCCCAAGAGACUGGAUUGCAUUUGGGAAUAAGUGUUAUUAUUUUUCUGAUGAUGGAAGGAACUGGACCUCCAGUCAGGCCUUCUGUGCAUCCUUUGGUGCCAAUCUGGUCAAGUUUGACAGCAAGGAGGAGUUGAAUUUCUUGGAAAGACACACAGAUUCGUGUGACCAUUGGAUUGGCCUUAGAAGAGAAUCUCCACAGCGUAGUUGGAAGUGGACAGACAACACCGAGUUCAGCAACUUGGCUGAGGUGAGGGGAUCUGGGGAUUGCGCCUAUCUGAAUGGAGUGGGCAUCAGCAGCGGGCGGUUCUACACGGAGCAGAAGUGGAUCUGCAGCAAGCCGAGCAGCUACGUGCAUCUUGUGCUCUGGCGUUCUGUGGGCAACCCCUGUAGUUCUGGGGUUCCCAUCUUGGGGCCGAAUGGCUUUGGUGGGAUGGAGCCCUCUGCUGGGCGA